AUGGAAGACGAACCUAGCGUGCAGAACCUCCAAGCCCUUAUAGACGAAGUCAAGGCACUUCGCGCAAUAGUGAACAGCCGAACCCAACAUCAGAACGUGGCCACCCCCCAGAACAACAAGGCCCCGUUAACCUGGGAAGAAGUCCAACAAGGUAUUAAGGCUCGGUUCUAUGCCUAUGAGCAGGAAACUGUUCUUAACACCUACACGACAAUCCGUCAAACGUCUACCGUAGAGGAGUAUGGACGUGCAUUUGGACGCGUUGUCUCGCAACUACGCGUAGAAGACGUACCGUCGGAUACUGCCCUGAGGGUUAGAUUUAUUAGCGGACUCCGCGCUGAAUGUGGCCCCAUGGUCCGCCUCAUGAACCCAACGACCUGGGAAGAGGCCUUUGACAUCGCUUAUCGUUUCAGCUUGGAAGGGUCAGAAUCGUCUUCUCUCCAAGGAACAACUCACUACCAGGCAGGCCCUUCCGCACCGUUUAACUACCCAGGCGGAAUGGACCACAAUGGAGACCUUAUCAUGGGCAACGCUAACCGUCUCCGACCACUGACCGAAGCCGAACGCGAAGCCCUCCGCAAGAGUGAUUGUUGUUUCCGCUGUCGUCGCCAGGGCCAUAUCGCCCGAGACUGCCCUAAGGGGAAAAGGGCCGCGUCAUUAACUCGGCUCAAAAAUGACGCAAUAACAGACUCAGUAAAGCCCCUGACUAGAUCCCUUAGUACCACCGUUCUCCCGCCUCAGCCACCUCAAGAAUCAGAAUCCCUAUUCACGGUGCCCUUCAAAGCUUCAGAGCGAGUGGAAGUCAAAGCCCUACUGCACACUGGUUGUGAGACGAAUCUCGUCCACCCGGAUGUUAUCAGCCAAUUAGCGAGAGGAACGGAAGUUAAAGUCUCUUCAGUAAAACCCCGAUCCAUAGUACCAUCAAUAAAUUCGGCUACCAUUAACUUCAAUAUCACCACUUUCGCUUCGCUAAGAAUUCGUCGACCAGGAUUUGAGGAGACCAUUCACGCCUACAUCGUCCCGGAUUUAGCCCACGAGCUCGUACUAGGACUCCCGUUUAUUGCGUCCCACGAGCGGGACAUCCAAUGGGCCCAACGCACCUUCUGUGGCCACUACGUGCCCCAAGACCCGCUCCCCAGGAACUGUCCCUUAGUCUCUCAGUCUGCAACGCUCCUAACCAAACCUCCAGUCACCCCAGUCACCCAGUUGCCCUAG